UCGGACGCAAUCUCGCGGGUCGUGCCACAAGCUCCUAUAAAUCCGUCCCCUACCGGGAGUGUUUGCGCGUGUGAACGUGUACGUUAGUUGAUCCCAGUGUGUGCAUCGGUACUGUGGAUUGAUUACCUCUUCGCCUUGUCGAUUUUGAACAGUACACAUAUAGAUUUCUGCGUUCCGUGACCGUAACCUGCGCCAUGAGUCGUCGAUAUUCGCGCGUCGAGUCCAGCUCGGAUCUGAUGCAGUUCCUGGACCGGGGUCACUCGGCCAAUACGGAAAACCGAUGGACGUUCGAGAUAGCGUGGGAAGUGGCCAACAAAGUUGGAGGUAUAUACACGGUCAUCCGCUCAAAAGCGUUCGUCUCGACCGAGGAGCUGGGCGAUCAGUACUGCCUAAUUGGACCGUACAAGGAAGCGUCCGCGCGCACAGAGGUAGAGGCAUGCGAGUUUCCCAGCAAUGGUCCCUUCUAUCGUGCCGUCACCGCGAUGCGCAACCAAGGCUAUAAGGUGCACUGUGGUCGAUGGUUGGUAGAUGGCAAUCCACAAAUUAUCCUGUUCGACAUCGGUUCCGCGGCAUGGAAAAUGGAUGGCUAUAAACAGGAGCUCUGGGACUCGUCCAAUAUCGGCAUUCCACACCUGGACAUUGAGUGCAACGAUGCGAUCAUUCUGGGAUAUACAGUUGCAUCCUUUAUCGAUGAGUUUAAACGCUGCGCUGAAGUAUAUUCACACGAGAACGAAUACGGACCGCCAAGAAUCGUGGCACACUUUCACGAGUGGCAAGCAGGUGUUGGAUUGAUAGCACUACGAACACGUCAGGUGGACGUAGCAACCGUCUUUACCACACACGCCACCCUGCUCGGACGGUACCUUUGCGCGGGCAAUACCGAUUUCUACAACAAUCUCGACAAAUUCCCGGUGGACGAAGAAGCCGGCAAGCGUCAAAUCUACCACCGGUACUGUCUGGAGCGGGCGGCCUCCCAUCUAUCGCACGUGUUUACCACCGUUUCGGAGAUCACGGGUUACGAGGCGGAACAUCUGCUCAAGCGCAAACCGGAUAUCAUCACACCGAACGGGCUGAACGUGAAAAAGUUCGCGGCCAUUCACGAGUUCCAGAACAUGCACGCGAUGGCGAAGGAGAAGAUACACGAGUUUACGCGAGGUCACUUUUACGGGCACUUUAACUUCAAUAUUGAAAAAACGCUGUACAUGUUCAUAGCGGGCCGGUAUGAGUUUACGAACAAGGGAGCGGACAUUUUCAUCGAGGCGCUGGCCCGCUUGAAUCACAUGCUGAAGUCGAACAACUCGGACGUGACGGUGGUGGCAUUUCUCAUCUUUCCUGCGAAAACUAACAACUUCAACGUGGAGUCAUUGCGGGGCCACGCAGUCACAAAGCAGCUGCGAGACACGAUCAACAGCAUACAACAGGAUAUUGGCAAGCGAAUGUACGAAACGUGUCUGCAGGGUCAGCUACCCGAGGGCACGGAAAUACUGACGAAAGAGGAUAUUGUAAAGAUAAAGCGUUGCCUGUAUGCACUGCAAAGGGAUGGCAAUCCACCCGUCACCACGCAUAACGUAGUGGAUGACUGGAAUGAUCCGGUACUGGACUCGAUCCGUCGGUGUCAUCUCUUCAACACCAAGUACGAUCGUGUGAAGGUCGUGUUCCAUCCUGAGUUUCUCAACUCGACCAAUCCACUGUUCGGGCUUGACUAUGAAGAGUUCGUACGCGGUUGCCAUCUAGGUGUGUUUCCGUCCUACUACGAACCGUGGGGAUAUACACCGGCCGAGUGCACUGUGAUGGGUAUACCGAGCAUUACUACAAAUCUGUCUGGUUUCGGGUGCUUCAUGCACGAACACGUAGCAGAUCCCAAAUCUUACGGUAUCUACAUAGUGGAUCGGCGCCAUGUCGGGUUGGAGGAGAGCGUCCAACAGUUGUCAAAGUAUAUGUUCGAGUUUUCCAAGCUGAACCGCCGCCAACGUAUCAUCCAGCGCAACCGUACGGAGCGGUUGAGUGAUCUACUGGACUGGAGAAAUCUAGGAAUUUAUUACCGCCAAGCUAGAGUAAAAGCACUACAAAGAGUGUAUCCCGAUUAUGUGGACGAGUCGACGGAAUACUUAAAGCGAGCGACAGACUUCACAUAUCCACGACCGAUCAGUGCCCCACCAAGCCCGAGCUCAUCCAGACAUACCACACCGGCCCCUUCCUUGCACGGUUCGGAUGAUGAGCAGGAUUCGGUUGAUUCGGAGGAAGAACUCCAGGAGCUAAAAAUGAACUCGCACCACUAGACCGAACGGAGCGAACACCAGCUAACCAACUGUUCACCUCGGGUUAAGUCCAACAAGAACAGGGCAUAGUGUCCAGAGCGCACCCUACACGAUUGAAGAUGAUAUUUUAUCCGAUGUUAACAUUAUUAUGAUUAUAGCUUUGUCGUAAUGUUGCCAGUUUACCUGUGUCGAUGUCCAGUCCUCGAGUAGCAAUUUCUACAAACGUGUGAACUAGCUAAGUGAGAUUGUGUUCAAACGCGCACACCCUAAACUUUGUUUUAUUUAAAGAUAAAUCAUGGAACUGUGUUGCAAUAUGUUACACUUUUAGCAAUAAAACAAAUCUAGAUUUGGAA